AUGGGGAGCCCCCGGGCCGCGGUUCUCCUGCUGCUCCUGCGCCCGGUCAAGCUGCUGCGGAGGCGCUUCCGGCUGCUGCUGGCGCUCGCCCUGGUGUCCGUGGGGCUCUGGACUCUUUAUCUGGAGCUGGUGGCGUCGGCCCAGGUCGGCGGGAACCCCCUGAACCGGAGAUACGGCAGCUGGAGAGAACUAGCCAAGGCUCUGGCCAACAGGAACAUUCCAGCUGUGGAUCCAAAUCUCCAGUUUUAUCAUCCCCAGAGGCUGGGCUUCAAGGACCAAGACUCUGAGCGAGGUGGGAGCCCUAACAGCAGCUACCUGAAGUGGAAUAAGCCCGUCCCCUGGCUCUCAGAGUUCCAGGGCCAUGCCAACCUGCAUGUGUUUGAAGACUGGUGUGGCAGUUCUAUUCAGCAGCUCAGGAGGAACCUCCACUUCCCACUGUACCCCCAUAUUCGCACCACCCUGAGGAAGCUGGCUGUGUCCCCCAAAUGGACCAACUAUGGCCUUCGCAUCUUUGGCUACCUGCACCCCUUCACCGAUGGGAAGAUCCAGUUUGCCAUUGCUGCAGAUGACAACGCUGAGUUCUGGCUGAGCCGUGACGACCAGGUGUCAGGCCUUCAGCUGCUGGCCAGUGUGGGCAAGACUGGAAAAGAGUGGACUGCCCCUGGAGAGUUUGGGAAAUUUCGGAGUCAGAUUUCCAAGCCAGUGAGCCUGGCAGCCUCGCAGAGGUACUACUUCGAGGUGCUGCACAAGCAGAAUGACGAGGGCACCGAUCACGUGGAAGUCGCGUGGCGACGGGAUGACCCUGGAGCCAAGUUCAGCAUUAUUGACUCCCCUUCCCUGUCCCUCUUCACAAAUGAGACAGUUCUAAGGAUGGAUGACGUGGGCCACAUCCCUCAGACAGCAGCCAGCCACGUAGGCUCCCCAGACUCUCUUCCCAGAGAUGAGCAGCCCCUUGCAGACAUGCUGCGGCCGGACCCUCGGGACACCCUCUAUCAAGUGCCUCUGAUUCCCAAGGCCCAUCUCCGCCAUGUCCUGCCUGAUUGUCCCUACAAACCCAGCUACCUGGUGGAUGGGCUCCCCCUCCAGCGCUACCAGGGACUCCGCUUCGUUCAUCUGUCCUUUGUUUAUCCCAAUGACUACACCCGCCUGACCCACAUGGAGACCCACAAUAAGUGCUUCUACCAGGAAAACUCAUACUACCAAGACAGGCUCAGCUUUCAGGAGUACAUCAAGGUGGACCAGCCUGAGAAGCAGAAGCCGGAGCAGCCAGGUUUUGAGGAAGGCCUUCUAGAAGAAUCCCAGUACGGAGAAGCAGUGGAGGAGACCCUUGACUCCAAUGACCAGAAUGCCAGGAUGCCAGAGGGAAAACCAGUGCCUACCUUUACCCCUGGGCAGGAUGUCACUGACUACCACCUCCGAAGCCUGCGGAAACUCCUGGCUCAGUCCUGGGGGGGUCCACUGGCGCCCUUUUCCAAGAGGAACUCCACAGCUCCCUUUCCUGUGAGGACCGGUGGGGUCCCAGUCCAGCCCCCAGAGAAGCAGGAGAGAAGACCCAGCCCUGAGCCCAGCCAAGAGACCCCUCCCUCUGCGAAGCAGCCCCCUGCGCAUCUGGCAGGGGACCUGCCUCAAGUCAAGGGGCCCAGGCCCACUGGUGACGACCCCAGGAAGACGCUAGGGCAAUCCCAGUGGCUGAAUCAAGUUGAGACAUACAUUGCAGAGCAGAGAAAGGGGGACAGGAUGGAACUUCCAGCUCCCAGGAGGGGUUGGCCCGGGGAGGAAGAGGUGGUUGUAGCUGCAGGCCAGGAAGGACAGGUGGAAGAAGAAGAGGGGGAAGAAGAGGAAGAGGAAGAGGAUAUGAGUGAGGUGUUCGAAUAUGUGCCCAUGUUUGACCCAGUGGUAAACUGGGACCAGACCUUCAGUGCUCGGAACCUGGACUUCCAAGCCCUGCGGACCGACUGGAUCGAUCUGAACUGUAACACGUCUGGCAACCUGCUGCUUCCAGAGCAGGAGGCUCUUGAGGUCACGCGGGUCUUCCUGAAGAAGCUCAACCAGAGGAGCCGGGGGAAGUACCAGCUGCAGCGAAUCGUGAACGUGGAGAAGCGCCAGGACCAGCUACGCGGAGGUCGCUACCUCCUGGAGCUUGAGCUGCUGGAACGGGGCCAGCGCCCAGUGCGGCUCUCCGAGUACGUGUCCACACGAGGCUGGCAGGGCGUCGAUCCAGCUGGUGGGGAAGAGGUCGAGGCCCGGAACCUGCAGGGCCUGGUUUGGGGCUCACACAACCGCCGGAGACAUGUCUUGAAUGUCCGGACCCCAGAGCCCAAGCUGUGCUGGCCCCAGGGCUUCUCCUGGAAUCACCGAGCCGUGGUCCACUUCGUUGUGCCUGUAAAGAACCAGGCGCGCUGGGUGCAGCAAUUCAUUGGAGACAUGGAAAAGCUGUUCCAGGUCACCGGGGACCCCCACUUCAAUAUCGUCAUCACUGACUAUAGCAGUGAGGACAUGGACGUCGAGAUGGCCCUAAAGAGGUCCAAGCUGCGGAGCUACCAGUACAUGAAGCUAAGUGGAAACUUCGAGCGUUCGGCUGGGCUUCAGGCUGGCAUAGACCUGGUGAAGGACCCGCACAGCAUCAUCUUCCUCUGUGACCUCCACAUCCACUUCCCAGCUGGAAUCAUCGAUACCAUCCGGAAGCACUGUGUGGAGGGCAAAAUGGCCUUUGCCCCCAUGGUGAUGAGGCUGCAUUGCGGGGCCACCCCCCAGUGGCCUGAGGGCUACUGGGAGGUGAAUGGGUUUGGACUGCUCGGCAUCUACAAGUCAGACCUGGACAGAAUCGGGGGCAUGAACACCAAGGAGUUCCGAGAUCGCUGGGGUGGGGAAGACUGGGAGCUGCUCGACAGGAUCCUCCAAGCGGGCCUGGAAGUGGAACGGCUUUCCCUCAGGAAUUUCUUCCAUCACUUCCAUUCCAAGCGAGGCAUGUGGAACCGCCGCCAGAUGAAGAUGCCGUGAUCCCAAGGGGUGGCCCACUGGACUGACUGCUUCCUGCUCUUGACUUGUGCGCGCUCCUGAGAGCCCCUGCUCAUUGCUGAGGAGCAGGAAGGGGAGCAGAAGCCAUGGCCGGGCCCGAGAGGCCUCAGAGCUAACACCCUCACUCCCCUGAGAGCUGUCGCCUCGCAGACAGCUGCCAAGGCCCCUCUCUCUUCCCUCGGGGCCUCUGAAGGGUGGGCCAUGGGGGAAGGACCAGGAGGGGCCGUGCAGUCCAUUGACAGAGAUGGACCGGCUCCUGGGGAAUGAGGCACAGUUAAGUCAAGGAAGGAAAGACCUGUUGGAGCGAAGCCAACCUAUCUGCGAGGUGCAUUCCGGCAUCUACCCACGCUCCUCCCAGGGAGUAGUGGCCAUGCCCUGGAAACUUCCCUCGGACAUAACUUCAUUGGGGGGUGUGGUGGGGGCGGGGGUUAUUUUUCUAACAGAAAAACCAAAACUAACUGUCCAGACCCAGCAUUGACUGUGAGAGAGGGAUGGAGUUGUGCAUUAAGGGUAUGUUCCCCACUUGCAUACCUCAGACCCACUCCUGUGUAGCGAUGUGUCCCUUGGUUCUCAAUCCGGCAGCUGAUUUACAAGCAGAGGAGUCCUCAGCUCUGCCCCAGGCUCGUGCCUUCCAGAGACACGCACAUCUCUCCCAGGUAGCCACUGAACAGCUGGCCACCAAAUAGGGCAUUAACCUUACCCUCCUGGCGGUGCGAACCUCAGACUGAGCGGAACACAGAUGUAGCAUCUUCCUCACGGUGCCCCGGCGGGGCUGGGAGACAGAGAACUGGUGGACAGCGGGCUCGUCAUUCCUGGGCAUCUGGUGGACCGCCGUGCAGGGCGGGCAGGGUGGAGAAAGCAGGGGAGAGUAGCCCCUUUCCCAGCCCGCCUGCGAGCGAAAGCCAUCAGGGGACUAUGAAGCAGAGAGGAAAGAGGGUAGGGAUGUAAGCAAGCCGUGGACUCAGAUGCGAAGAAGACCCCGACCCCGGCCUUGCA